GGUCCGCGCGGUUGCCUCCUCGACCCUUUGCGGCCGGUGGAAAAAAAAAACAGUCCGGCGCCUCCGCCGCCAUGAGCGAGAAAGGGGAACUGGAUGUGACCGGUGCCAAGCAGAACACCGGGAUGUGGCUGGUGAAGGUUCCAAAAUACCUGUCUCAGCAAUGGGAUAAAGCUUUAGGAAGAGGCGAAGUAGGAAAACUAAGAAUUGCCAAAAAUCAAGGAAGAACAGAAGUCUCUUUCACCUUGAAUGAAGAUCUCGCCAACAUCAACGAUAUCAGGGGGAAGGCGACCUCCAUCAGCGCGCCGAGAGACCACCCUUUCCUUUUGCAAAACGUGGGGGGGCAGACCCUAACCGUCUUCACUGAGAGCUCUGGAGAGAGCCAGACAGAUGAAAAAGCAGACAGCAGCGCUAACGAAAAAUUGUCCCUGGAAGGAAUCGUGGUGCAACGGGCAGAAUGUCGGCCAGCCGCCAACGAAAGUUACAUGAAACUGAAAAGGCUGCAGAUCGAAGAAUCCUCCAAGCCGGUCAGCUUGACCAUGCAGCUGGACAAGGCCGUCACCACCAACUACAAACCGGUGGCCAAUCACCAUUACAACAUUGUGUACGAUAAGAAGAAAAAAGAAGAAGGAAAACGAGCCCGGGCUGAAAAACAGCAAGUGCUGGACAUGUUAUUUUCUGCUUUUGAGAAACACCAGUAUUACAACAUCAAAGAUUUGGUGGAUAUAACCAAACAGCCAGUGAUCUAUUUAAAGGAGAUUUUGAGAGAAAUUGGCAUCUACAAUUUUAAGGGGCCACACAAAAGUACUUGGGAACUUAAACCAGAAUACAGGCAUUAUCAAAAUGAAGAUAAAAGCGAUUAGCAGCCAGGAAGCGGUCUCAAUUUUGAAAGCAGGAAAAACAAAAACAAUUCACCAUUGAAAAGAGUAAGUUUUUCUAAUCAGCCCUGUCUUCAAUGCUUUUAAAGGAUUUUUUCUGGAAUGCUACCUAACUUUUUUUGUGGUAUCUUUAUUGCCUACAAAUUAUUUAUAGAAUAAACUUGUAUUUGGGUUUUUAACUUAUGCCCCUUUCUUGUAAUCUUGCAUUUUAUAAAAAUGUAAUCAUGUUAAUAAAU